GAGGAAGGGAGGGGCUGGAAGAGAGUAAAGGGCUGUUGUUAAACAGUUUCUUACCGUAAGAGGGAGUUCAGACCUAGAUCUUUCCAGUUAAUCACACAACAAACUUAGCUCAUCGCAAUAAAAAGCAGCUCAGAGCCGACUGGCUCUUUUAGGCMCUGACUGCGAACAGGAUUCUUUCACCGGGGCAUCUCCUCCAGUGGGACCCACCAGCGCGUCCCGCAGCACCAUGUGGGUGACCAAACUUCUGCCAGUCCUGCUGCUGCAGCACGUCCUCCUACAUCUCCUUCUGCUUCCCAUCGCCAUCCCCUAUGCAGAGGGACAGAAGAAAAGAAGAAAUACACUCCAUGAAUUCAAAAAGUCAGCUAAGACAACUCUAAUCAAAGAAGACCCAUUACUGAAGAUUAAAACCAAAAAAAUGAAUACUCCAGACCAAUGUGCCAAUCGAUGUAUUAGGAAUAAAGGACUUCCAUUCACUUGCAAGGCUUUUGUUUUUGAUAAAACAAGGAAACGAUGCCUCUGGUUGCCUUUCAAUAGCAUGUCAAGUGGAGUAAAAAAAGAAUUCGGCCAUGAGUUUGACCUCUAUGAAAACAAAGACUACAUUAGGAACUGCAUCAUUGGUAAAGGAGGCAGCUACAAGGGAACAGUGUCUAUCACCAAGAGUGGCAUCAAGUGCCAGCCCUGGAAUUCCAUGAUACCCCACGAACACAGCUUUUUGCCUUCGAGCUAUCGGGGUAAAGACCUACAGGAAAACUACUGUCGAAAUCCUCGAGGGGAAGAAGGGGGACCAUGGUGUUUCACAAGCAAUCCAGAGGUACGCUACGAAGUCUGUGACAUUCCUCAGUGUUCAGAAGUUGAAUGCAUGACCUGCAAUGGGGAAAGCUAUCGAGGUCCCAUGGAUCAUACAGAAUCAGGCAAGAUUUGUCAGCGCUGGGAUCAUCAGACACCACACCGACACAAAUUCUUGCCCGAAAGAUACCCCGACAAGGGCUUUGAUGAUAAUUAUUGCCGCAACCCUGAUGGCAAGCCGAGGCCGUGGUGCUAUACUCUUGACCCUGACACCCCUUGGGAGUACUGUGCAAUUAAAAUGUGUGCUCACAGUACUAUGAAUGACACUGAUGUCCCUAUGGAAACAACUGAAUGCAUUCAAGGUCAAGGAGAAGGUUAUAGGGGAACCAUCAAUACCAUUUGGAAUGGAAUUCCAUGUCAGCGUUGGGAUUCUCAGUAUCCUCACCAGCAUGACAUAACUCCUGAAAAUUUCAAGUGCAAGGACCUACGAGAAAAUUAUUGCCGAAAUCCAGAUGGGGCUGAGUCACCCUGGUGUUUUACCACUGAUCCAAACAUCCGAGUUGGCUACUGCUCCCAAAUUCCAAAAUGUGACGUGUCAAGUGGACAAGAUUGUUAUCGUGGCAAUGGAAAAAACUACAUGGGCAAUUUAUCCAAAACAAGAUUUGGACUCACAUGUUCAAUGUGGGAGAAGAACAUGGAAGACUUACAUCGUCACAUCUUCUGGGAGCCAGAUGCUAGUAAGCUGAAUAAGAAUUACUGCCGGAAUCCUGAUGAUGAUGCCCAUGGACCCUGGUGUUACACGGGGAAUCCUCUCAUCCCUUGGGAUUAUUGCCCUAUUUCCCGUUGUGAAGGGGAUACCACACCUACAAUAGUCAAUUUAGACCAUCCUGUAAUAUCUUGUGCCAAAACAAAACAAUUGAGAGUUGUAAAUGGGAUUCCAACACGAACAAACGUAGGAUGGAUGGUUAGUUUGAAAUACAGAAAUAAGCAUAUCUGUGGAGGAUCAUUGAUAAAGGAAAGUUGGGUUCUUACUGCACGACAAUGUUUCCCUGCUAGAAAUAAAGACUUGAAGGAUUAUGAAGCUUGGCUUGGAAUUCAUGAUGUCCAUGGAAGAGGAGAUGAGAAACGGAAACAGGUUCUAAAUGUUUCCCAGCUAGUAUAUGGACCUGAAGGAUCAGAUCUGGUUUUAUUGAAGCUUGCUAGGCCUGCUGUCUUGGAUAAUUUUGUUAGUACAAUUGAUUUACCGAAUUAUGGAUGCACGAUUCCUGAAAAGACCACUUGCAGUGUUUAUGGCUGGGGCUACACUGGAUUGAUCAACUCUGAUGGUCUGUUACGGGUAGCACAUCUCUAUAUUAUGGGAAAUGAGAAAUGCAGUCAGCAUCACCAAGGGAAGGUAACUCUGAAUGAGUCCGAAAUAUGUGCUGGGGCUGAAAAGAUUGGAUCAGGACCAUGUGAGGGGGAUUAUGGUGGCCCACUUGUUUGUGAACAACACAAGAUGAGAAUGGUUCUUGGUGUCAUUGUUCCUGGCCGUGGAUGUGCCAUCCCAAAUCGUCCUGGUAUAUUUGUCCGAGUAGCAUAUUAUGCAAAGUGGAUACACAAAAUAAUUUUAACAUAUAAGGUAACACAGUCAUAG